GAAGACAUUCGUGGAGGUAAACAAAAUGGCUUCCAACAUUCGCAAGGCCUAUAAAGCGGCAUUCCGUUCGUCAACGUGGAUGAUGGGGUCAGUACGGCGAAGCGCCCUACGAAAAAUUACGAAUAUGCGGCUACAUAUCGGUGCCAUUGGAGCGCCGCUUGUUGGCGCCUACGUGGAGAAAUAUUACGCGAGCAUUCCAGACUUGCCCACUGACCAUUUCUUCAGAACUUGGCGGCAGGCCGCAGCAGCAGCCGUUCACCAAGCUUGGGCAGACAGUACGAUGCUUCUCAAUAAGGAGACUGAGGCGAACGCGUUUUACAUGGCCGAGUUCAACAGACUGUUCAUCCUUCCAUCGGUUCUGCUUCCCAACAUCCUUUUCACGGACGGUCCUGCUGCCUUCAACUACGGUAGCCUCGGCACGAUUAUUGGUCACGAGAUCAUGCAUGGCUACGACGUCAAGGGAUCGCGGUAUGACGAGAACACCAAGCUGAGGCGUUGGCUGUCGCCUGAGUCAACCGAGCACUACGUGAACAGCACUCUCUGCUUGCGGGACUUCCACGUAGAUGUCCUUCGCCGAAGCCAAGAAGUCCUAAACGAUACGAUAGACUCUGAAAACCUCGCCGACUUAGGGGGAACAACAAUGGCAUACUCGGCGUUUAGGUCGCUGCCCCCCUCGAAGAGAGACACCACGCUGCCUGGCGUCACCAUGACAGCGAACCAGCUAUUCUUCGUUGGCCAUUGCGCACCAUGGUGUGAAAAACAAACAACGGAACCGGCGCCCUGGCUCUCUGGCCGCAAUCGCUACACACCUGGCCGCUCUCGGUGCAUCGUGCCUCUCAUGAACAUGCCCGAGUUCUCGCAUGCAUUCAACUGCAAGCUGGGGUCGGACAUGAACCCGCCAAACAAAUGCAAUUUCUGGAUUUGAAAUUGCGACAGCCAGUGCGUUCGCUGUGUCAUUCUGUACCUUUCGUUUAAUAAAAUAUCCAUGU